AUGGCGGCCGCCGUUGGUGGUGGUUGGGGGAUUCCUCACGUACUUUUGCACCUAUGGUCUGCUGUCUUCCUCCUCCGCGAAGAAAUGAAUGGACACUUACGGUGUGCCGACCGGACAGGUUUCAUGAAUGCAUGGGGAACAUUUCAAUUCUAUUACCAUGAGGUACUCCUGGCAGGCAUGUCAAACAGUACACUUGCUUGGAUUGGCGCCCUACAGGUCGGGAUGCCCCCUCUUGCUCGCAGAGAACGAACAGUGCUCUUCAUUCUGUUGAUCAGCGGGCUGGUAGUUGGGCCCCUGUACGAUGCCUGGGGUGCCACGCGUAUUUUUGUCCCUGGCGCUGUCCUAUAUGUUUUGGCUAUCAUGUUCACCAGCGUAUCGUCCCAGUACUACCAGCUAAUUCUGGCACAAGGGAUACUCUUGGGUAUCGGAACAGCCAUGUUGUACGUACAUCCUCUUUGCGCCGGUCCGUUAUUCUUUCCCACCAUCACCGCCGUCUCUCAGUGGUAUGGCCACUCGCGUGGACUUGCUUUGGGGAUCGUCGUGUCGGGGUCCUCCCUGGGAGGAAUUUGCUGGCCCCUGAUGCUUGAGCGACUGAUCAAGCAGAUUGGAUUUCCAUGGACCAUGCGGACGGCUGGUUUUCUUUGCCUCGCUCUGCUUGCGCCCAGUGUCUUCCUGGUUGUUUCCCGGCCCCGAAUCGUGAGGGAAGGGAUGGAUGACCAGGACCGUUGUCCUCCGAACGUGAUGCACAAUCUUUUUAAAGAUCUACUGUACAUCGCGUUUGUCAUUGGCAUGUUCUUAGUUCAGUGGGGCAUGUUCAUCCCAUUCUUCUUUCUACCCACGUAUGGCAGCUCGAACGGAAUGAAUACGGAUGAGGCGAAUAACCUUGUCUCUUACCUGAACGCCGGUUCUUUCGUGGGACGCAUCGCUUCUGGUUACGUAGCUGACGUUUGUGGACGGGCGUUGGCUUACUGGGAUUCAUCCCUGCAUUUACUGUAUAGGCUUAACGUCACCUUCGGCUGUUCCGCCGUCUGCGCCGUGCUGGUCUUCUGUCUGCAUGCCAUCACUGGGAAGGGCUCGAUAAUUGCAUUUUCAGUGCUUUAUGGAGUCUUUUCUGGUGGACUUAUCUCCCUCCAGGCCGCCUGCGUGUCACAGAUCACGGCCGACACGCGAAUCCUUGGUCUCCGCAUCGGCGCUAUGAUGGCUGCUUGCUCAUUUGCGUACGUGGUCUGGGGCCCAUAA